GAUGAGAUGUUCUGGGUUUUCCCACUCCAGGGCACACAGCUCGGCCUCCAGCAAGGCCCUGGUCUGGCACAGCACCAUCGAGGGGUUGCUGUCAGAAGCCAGCAGGUUGCCCAGGUAGAACUCCAGUUCUAGCUCCCUGUACACCAUGAUGUGCUACAGCUUCUCUGCUUCUUCCUGCUCAUUCUUGGCCAGCAGCACCUCUGCAUUCUGCCCCUCCAUGGCUCUCGCUUGCGUUUCAGUUCCCUCAUUUUUGGCGAUUUUAACUUUUAAGAAUGGACAGAAAGUUUACAGUUUGAUGUUUGCCCUAUACCUGAGCACCUAUGUUUUCAGGAAACAGGAGUUUUCAUUGCACAAAAUGGGAUUGUAAGACAGGGAUUUCAGGAAAAAACAUGGGUGAAUACAUUGAAACCAUGCCCCCUCCCAAGGCACAGUCCAUGAAACAAUGUACUCCAACUUGCAUACAUUAAAGGUGUAGGAACAAAUAUUGGCCUCCUGGGAACAGUAAAAACUGUGGAAAUUGGACUAUAUGUGACAUCCAUGGACCCUGGGGUAUACAUUUCAGGGAGAAGAAUCUCCCUCACCCAGGGUCUUUAGAUUUUUGGCUGUUAACAAAGAUGUUCUAUCCAAAUCAAGGCUUUAACCAACUCUCCCUGUCCUCAGAACUGAGCUGUAAUGAAGCAGUGAGAACUUUGAAGUUGUGGAAGGAGAGUGUGCGAAUGGGUGUUCCCUAGCUCAAAAGUGAGUCCUUGGAAAAGCCACUGCAGAACCUGGUCAGUCUGGGUAGAGGUAGUUAGCAAGUAAGCUAUGGCAUUUCCCAGUGAUAUCACCGGUGGUGUCUUCCCUCGAAAUUCUCUUGUAUCCAGGAGACACUAGAAUGUUCUGUGAUGUCACCAGUGUUGUGGUGACACCAACUGCCUGAGCCAUUUCCCUUCAUUUCCUAAUGGGUUCCCGAGGAGGCAUGUUCUCCAGGAUCCUCAGUCUCUUUCGGAGGGACAAUCAUAUCUAUGCAGAGACAAGACCAAGGCAGAGGGAGGCCAGCCUUCUAUCACGUUGGAGAACAAGACGAAUGGAAAGGUCCUUGAGGAGGUCAAAGUCUGAUCAGAAAGCAUCAUCCCAACCCUCCACGACACCUGUUGAGGAGGAGAGAAUGAAGCGUUUGGAGAACCUCAAAAUUGCUCUCCACAAGGUGCAGAAGGAGAGAGAUGAACUCAGGAGAAUCCUGGCCGAUUACCCUGGAAAGAAUUUAAAUGACAGGAACAAGUUUGAGUCCGAGAUGCUCAUGAUGCAGCACGAGGAAGUGAUGACCGACAUGAAGAAAAUGAGCGAGCAGAUCAAUACCGCUUUGGUCAAAUGUAAAAACCUUACACUGGAAAAUGACUGGUACUGCCGCAGCUUCUGCCCCCUCCUAACUGAGUGUUUUGAGCUGAAGAACAAUGCCCAGAGAGCAUGGAAUGAGUACAAAGGGCUUCUAAGGGAUCAGAUUGCACUGGAAGAAUCCAUUAAGGAAACAACAAGGUUCUGUGGGGAAGCCAGUAUGAAAAUCCGUGUAACAAGCAGCCUCAGGUCUGAACACUCCAGCAGACGCUUGCCCAUGGCCCAGACCAGGACUACAGCUCUCAGAGACAGACCUGUCCACCAGGAGCACUGAGGGUGCAAAGAUUGAUAACACCUCCCGCAUCUCAGUCCUUGUAACCGUUCCAAUCUUGGGCUGAAUUUGAAAGACCUUGAGAUGUGGCAUGGAACACGCCUCACGUUUAACCCUUUGACGACUUGUCCAUCAACAACCAACCACCCUGAAUGAGGCGUCUACAUUCCUCUUGAAGAGAUUUUACCAUCUUACCUGCCGUUCUGCUGUGUUUGCAAGGCCAGCAACAGGCUGGAGUUAUAUGUUGAAAAAUCAGCAGGAAUUGAAUGCUGACUAAUUUACUUGUUCUAUUUGGUUUUUAGUUUGAAGUUUGGUUGUUUUAUGCAUUUGGUUUUAUUUGUUUAAGUUUGAAGUUUUGUUAUUCAUUUGUUAACUUUAGUGUACUUAAUUAAUAUUAAUUAAUUAAUAUUCCUAAGGCUAUAUACAUUGAACUCAUUGACUCCCCAAUUUAAAAUGUUCUUGAAUAAAUUAAUGUUUGUCUAUAAAUAAAAAUGUGACCUUUAACCCUUCACUCACAAGA